UCGACCCGCGGCGAGUGUUUCCGGGGCGCAGGGCUGUGUCCAGGGAGACGGCGAGCGGCGGGGCCGGGGGUCGGGUCGGGUCCCCGGGCGGUGAGCGGGUCCGUCCGUCAGUGACCGAGCGGCGGCCCCAUGAACGCGCAGCGACGGCCGCUGCGGCGGAGCGAAGGCGGCGGGGAGCCGAGCCCGGGGCCGGGCCGGGCGCCGGCUGGUGUCUCCCGGCCGGGCGGCGGGGGCCGGAGCUCGGAGGCCGGCCUGGGCCUGGGGCCGGGGCUCGGCGCCCUGCUGCAGCGGCCUCUGUCCCGGCAGCAGCUGAAGCGGCUGGAGGAGCACCGGUACCGGAGCGCCGGCGCCUCGCUGCUGGAGCCGCUGAUGCAGGUGUGGUGGGAGUGGCUGGUCGGCCGCCUGCCGCUCUGGAUGGCGCCCAACGCCAUCACCAUCACCGGCCUGGCCCUCAACGUCUGCACCACGCUCGUCCUCAUGCUGUACUGCCCGACGGCCACCGAGCAGGCACCUCUAUGGGCAUAUCUGGCCUGUGCUCUGGGACUUUUUGUGUACCAGACACUCGACGCAAUAGAUGGGAAGCAGGCAAGAAGAACACAUAGUAGCAGUCCUCUCGGAGAGCUGUUUGACCAUGGCUGUGAUUCGCUUUCCACAGUCUUCGUGGUCCUGGGAAUAUGUAUAGCCGUGCAGCUUGGCACCAACCCAGACUGGAUGUUUUUCUGCUGUUUUGCUGGAGUUUUCAUGUUCUACUGUGCUCACUGGCAGACAUACGUCUCUGGGACACUGCGCUUUGGGAUAAUUGAUGUGACUGAGGUGCAAAUCUUCAUAAUUGUCCUGUUUUUGUUGGCCGCGAGCGGAGGAACGGCAUUUUGGGAAUCAAUGAUCCCAGUGUUGGAAAUUCAAGUUAAAAUUGUGCCUGCCCUCUUUGUGGUGGCAGGUGCCAUCUUCUCCUGCACCAACUACUUCACCGUGAUUUUCACUGGUGGCGUUGGCAAGAACGGCUCAACCAUUGCGGGUACAAGUGUGCUGUCUCCUUUCCUGCACAUAGGGACAGUUAUAACACUGGCAUUGAUGAUUUACAAGAAAUCCACCAGCCGGCUCUUUGAGAAUAACCCCUGUCUCUACAUCCUCACUUUUGGCUUUGUCUCUGCAAAAAUAACCAAUAAAUUAGUGGUGGCUCACAUGACGAAGAGUGAAAUGCAUUUGCAGGACACCGCCUUUGUUGGCCCAGGGCUCCUUUUCCUAGACCAGUAUUUCAACAGUUUUAUCAGCGAGUAUUUGGUGCUCUGGAUUGCUUUGGCCUGGUCUCUCUUUGACCUAAUCCGUUACUCUGUAGGUGUCUGCAAUCAGAUCGCAUCCCAUCUUCACAUUAACAUCUUCAAAAUCAGUUCCAUCUCCCCGCCAGUUGGCUCCCAGGAGCAAAACCAUCAUGAGUGACUUAACCACUGUGCUUGACGAAGCAACCCCAGGACGUGACUGAGGAAUGUACAUAGAGAAAAACACCGAAAUGGAAAGUGAACAAAUUAUUAAUUUAUGGUUCAAUCAUUGUGUGCACUUUUGUUUUAUUUAAGCCUCAGUUUCUGAAUGAAGUCUAGCACUCCUAAAGUAGCAGACUGUGGAAAGAACUGUCUUGCUGCUGCAUGCAUGUCUCCCUGUAACGCUGGCAGGUCAGGAAGGGACAUGGUCCUAUACAGGACUUAGAUGAGCACAUGGGGUAUGCUCAGUCUUUUCAGCCCAUUUGCUCGACUUGCUGAGUUUCCACUGGUGUAGUACAGUGCUGAAGUUUUGGGCGUGAGCUUAAUUUAAGUUCCUACAAGUUAACUGUCUCGAAAACCAGAUGAGCCAUAUUGCAGGUAAGGACUGCAAGGGGUGGGGUUCUUUGUGCCAAGCCAGAGCCUCAUGGCUGAGGUGAGUGAACUGCAGACUGUACAGAAAAAACAAAUUGUUUAGGCACGUGAUCUAAUGGGGUGUUUCCUAAAAUGAAAAGUGUCAGAAAGGCACUAGCACCUGUGGGUUAGUUUUCCAAUGCACUAUUUUGUAGCUUGUCCUAAUUACACCAGUAAAGCUGUAUCAGAUUCUGGUAUUAACUGCUCAACAAUACAGGAGUGUGUAAUUAAAGAGGCCUUGGUUGUGCUGGGCUGCCACUUUAAGGAGCAGUGUAAUGUGACUGUUUUGUUUGCUAUGCUUCAUUUUGUUUUUACAUGCCAACAUGUAAAGGAGUAAAUAGCCAGAAACUUUUAACAAGUGCUUUCACUUUCAAAAAAAAAAUCAUCCCACAAGAGUGAGCCCACAGCUUCCUGACAUUCUGAAUGCUAUUCCUCGUGAAUCAGAACUUGCCAAACUAGUCUUAAGCUUGUGCUACUACCAAUGGAGCAAAUCGGUAAUAUUCACUGAGGAUCCUGCACUGAACAGUUUCUGUUUGGGAAAUUCUUCAAAUGAAUCAAAUCACUUCACAGGGUAUCAGACUAAGAAAAUGUUUCUCCCUUGACCAAGGCUUGUUUUGCACUGAUUGUAGAAUGACUUAUUGGCUUAAACAGUACUGGAAACGUGCACACUAACUACAUUAAUGCCUAAGGUUUGUAACUUUCUGGCAAUGAGAGAAUUCCUUGCUGCAGACCCUGGGUUUAACCUGAUUCCACGCACCUGCUUAUUGCCUGUCAAGUAAGAUCAUCGUUCAUGCUGUGUGCCAGAAUAAAGUGCUCCUUUCUACAUGUGGGUAAUGAGUCAGUACCUUUGUUUAAUAAAAUGAUCUCUACAAUGAGACUGCAGUUCAUCUCCUGUUGCAGAAAAUGGUUUGUCCAUCUGAGUUUGGUCUGUCAGCAUUUACACCACUGCUGAGAACAAACUUGGCCUUCAACUGUUUGGUAGUUGUCCAGUUACCAACAGCUCACUGACACCUGCUGCACUGGCAUGGACAGCACGGGUUUUUUUUUCCAUUUGGAAAUAAGAUGCCAAAUAUUGUUGAAUAAUGGUGAGGGUUUUAGAUGGGGGACAUGGCUUCUCACUUUCAGUACACACCCCACAAUGACUUGGGCUCUGUCUAACUUUGAGUAUUUCCAAUUAUUUGGAAAGUGAGUGGUUCCUGGGUUGGGUGUCUGGGAUGGAUUUGUACUGUUGUACAUCAGACACUGCUGUCUUGUGUUCUCCUUUGGCUGUUGGUUUUGGAAAAGCAGGAAGUGACCUGAAUAAUCAGCUCUUGUACAGAGAGAUUCAGUGCUUCUAAUAGUUGGUACACAGCAACCAUAUUUUCAUUGGUAUCUAUCAACAAUUCCAAUGUUCUCUGGUGCUGAAGGUCUGGGAUACUACUAUGAUCAGGAGAAACAGUGCCUACUCCACCCUGUAUCUGCCUGUUUUCUGUAGCAGAGGAUUGGUGCUGUAAAAUUAACCUGUACCUGUGCACAUGCAACUUCUUUUCCUGAGAAAUAUUGCUAUAUACAAUUUUAUGUAGUUUCUUUUGUUUAGGGAAUGCCACUUAAAAGGACAAUGAAAAUGGCAAUAAAUGGAAUCAAAAUUUUCAUCAGUCAUACCAGGGACUUUUGGGUGACCUUUUGUAAACUCCUGUGAAUAUCAGACAGUAACACAGGAGAACCUUUACCUGAUUUGCCUGUAAAGUUUGAUCUGUUAAGAUUUCAGCUUUGCCAGUAAUAACGGCUGACUUUUUUUGCAUAUGUAAUUAUUUUGGUAAAUAUACACAAUACUUUUUUGUCCAAUGAGUUUUUUUGAGCAUAUUCAGCUCCUGGUAUUAUGAAUAAUACAGGAGUUGGAUGAAUAAUGUAUUCAUCUUUUGAAGUGAAUCCUGAGAGUUUGAAGAGAUUUGAAAUGAUAGUAAAUUGCUAAAGACUUGCUUGGUCUCUGAAGAAUUUGUUUUAAUAUGAUUUAACAUCCUGAAUUGUGGGGAAGAAGGCUGCUGAGAACACACAAAGCCAGUUCAUGUGAAAAUGCCCAAACUAUGCAAAAAUUUGAAACUAGUAUACACAUAGCACUGAUACUAUUUACAGUGGGUUGUUACCAUCAAUCAGUUGCAACAAAAGUAUUAUGAAUGGAUUUGUGGCAGUACUUUAAAUCCUUUCUGCAAGGUGUAGGGCUGCCUUGCAAUGUUUUCAAGAGUAUGGGUGGGAAGGGGCUGUGGGGUUUGUGGAUAUCUGGGUCCCUGCUCACAUUUUGUGUACUCCCAAGAACUUUCCACAAAGGUUCCCUUUGAUAGUUAGCAGUGAGAAUGGGCUCCUGACCUCACUGACCCACAUCUAACCAUCUCUAACUACAUUUCCAAAUGCCAGUUAUGAUUUACAGAAUGAACCAAAGCUUUUUUGCCUUUUCCCCUUUUUCUUGGGCUUAGCUGUUUCUGAAAAAGGUGUUGUAACUGGAAAAAUCUAUUAAGUUGUCUUGUAUCAGGAAUAAUCUGCUAUUUGGGACAAAUAAAUAAUCCAAUGAGCAGGCCCUUUUAUUGACCACCCUCAUUCACUUGGAGCAACUGGAUAUAAUGGCAAUGUAAUUGUUUUGCACAAAUCUAGGUUUAUGAAAAUACAGAAGGCUUCACCUAAUUUUGCCUUUAGUGUAACUGAGCCUCUUGAUUUUAUUCUUGUAACUUUUCUGUUCUUUCUAAAUAAGUGCUGAUGUAAAUAAAGAUUG